UCAAGUUUGUUUGUGAUUUUUUUGUUUAUUUCAAAGAAGAUUUAGGGAUACCUAUAUUUAUUUUGGAAAUUGGAUGGUGGUUUGUUGUGGGAAUUUCUGAAUUUUCCUGUUAAUAAUGGCAAUCACGAAAAGGCACCAUAAAAUUAUAAUAAAAAUCAAAAUACUAUUCAUCCACUAUCCGGACGACUUCGUUAUCAGAAGUGGUGAAACAGGCCCUAAGCUUCGAAUACACUUUGAUUAGGUACGGUAUUUUACACGUGUAAUACCUAUUAUAUUUAAGUUACUCUAUGACGUGUAAAUAAUCAAAGUACGGUACAUAUAAACACAUUUGUCAAAUAUUUAUAAUGUCAACUCGAUUGUCAACUCCACACCAUAACCUAUUGUGGACUGUGGUUAUUAAAUUAUUGGGUGUUAUUGGGGUGGGUUAUUCCUAGCAGCAGUUUUCCGCUUUGCGCAACAAUUAUUAAAAUAAAAAAUUACUAUCUUAGCUUUAGUUCCUAAUAUGCAGCUACUCUUGACUACCGCUGUAAUAACUUUUGCUGGCAUAACAUACCUUGUCAUAAAAUCCAAAAGGAAGACAAAAAGUGCUGUAGAUGCUUUAAAUUACCUUAAUAUUAAAAUAAUUUCUUCAGAAGAUCAAGUCAACGAGGCGGUGGCUGAAAUACGAAGACGGAGUUCUGCAUACCAUGCUAUAGGCUUUGACUGUGAGUGGGUGACAGACAAUGGACAAAGGCAACCUGUGGCACUACUACAACUAUCUACCUAUGAUGGAUUUUGUCUACUUUUUAGGCUGAAUAAGCUAAAGCUAAUCACUGGAUCACUGAAAGAAAUCCUAGAAGAUGACUCUUUAUAUAAAGUAGGUGUAGCUCCCGGGGAGCGUGCUAAGUACUUGGAGCACGACUAUUCUGUGAUGUUAAAGUCCUCCUUGGACAUCCGAAAUCUUGUUGAAAUCUGUGGAUAUGAUGACGGCGGCCUGGCCGCUCUCUCCGCUUCUCUCCUUGGUGUGGUCUUGGAUAAAAGCUGGAGGGUCAGAUGUAGUGAUUGGGAAGCUGACGAGCUCACUACACGUCAAGUGAAUUAUGCAGCGGCAGAUGCACAUGUAGCUAUAAAGAUGUUUGUCAAUCUUGUUAAUGGCUACUACAACAAGGGGAUAUUAUCGUAUAUGAGAAAAUCUGAUAGCAGCCAUUGGGAUAACAUCAAUGAUCUCUGCUGGCAGUAUGCUGAUAUGUUCUAUAAAACAAAGAAAAAAUCUAAUAGAAAUGAAAAUAGUACAAACAAAAAAAAAGAAAAAUCGCCAAAAGCGAUGAGUAAGAGAUACCCUCACGCAACCAGAUCUAAGCCACUAUACCACAACAGUGUCCUGCAAGCCCCCAACGGCGAAAUACUGUAUACAUGUGAUACUCAAAAAGCUUAUGGGUAUGUAGAAAAAGGUCUAGCGGAGAGGAUCUCAACAGAGCCCUUUACAGUCCGCCUCAAGUCGGCGGGCGACGUAGGGAAGUACUAUCAACUGAUCGAAGAGACCAAAUGUGUGGUGUGUGGCAAGGACAACUCGUAUAUACGGAAAAAUAUCGUGCCGAGAGAAUAUACGAAAUAUUUUCCUGUCAGAAACCGGUCCGCGCACGAUAUGCUGCUGCUGUGCGGCAGCUGCCACCAGCGCAGCAUCACGCUGGACCAGAGCAUCCGGGAGCGGCUCGCCAAGUUGUGCGACGCGCCGCUCAGCAAAACUAAGUACACGGAGAAAGCUGAUUGCAAAAAGAUUCGUUCAGCGGCCCGUGCGCUACUCUACCACUCGGUGAAGCACGCGUUACCCGAGCGGCGUCGCGCCGAGCUGGAGGCGGUGGUGCUGCAGCACUACCCCGACCACGACACCAUCACUACAGAGCUGCUGCAGGAAGCUGCUAACGUGCAGGUCAUCUACGAGAACACAGACUACGAGUCGCACGGUCACAAGGUGGUGACCUACUUCCUGCAGUACUCCGGCAUCCUAGCGCUGAAGGAGCUCUGGCUGGAAGAAUUCCUCGCCUCCAUGCAGCCCCAGUACAUGCCAGAACUCUGGCCCGUCAAACAUAACGAGGAGAGCUAAUCAGGGCGAACGAAGAGCCCUAGUAUAUCCCACAACCUGAGCAAUUUUGUGGUACACUUUACGG